AUGAAUAUGGGCAAGUCCAGCCCCCGGCUGGCCCGGGAGGAAGCGACAGCAGCGCGGGCCGAGCGGGCGGGAUGGGGUCCGAGCAGCGGCGGGAAGUUGCAAGAUUGCCAGCAAAGAAGUCAAAAUAAAGUGAAGCAGCUAAAAAAGCCCGUGGUCUCGGCAUGGGUGCGGGAGGAAGGGGAGCUCCGUGACUCCAGCCGGGGCUGCCCCCGGGGCGCGCGGGGGCCAACGGGGAACGGACAACUGGACAAACGGACGAACCGACGAACGGACCAACGGCCCCGGCGCUUCGGCAGCAGCAGCGGCGGCAGCAGCAGCGACUCUAGAGACGAGCUCUCGGUCUUUCUCCUGCUCUUGCUCUUCUUCCUCCUCUCCCUCUCCCGGUGUCCCACUGUCCCAGUGUCCCUGUCCCGGUGUCCCUGUCCUGGUGUCCCGGUGUCCCUCUCCCAGUGUCCCUCUCCCGGUGUCCCUGUCCCGGUGUCCCUGUCCCGGUCCCGGUCCCCCCUCCCCUUGCCGGCCCGGGCCAUGGCCCCGGCCGUUCCCCUCUGCCGGGCGGGGCCGCCCCGUCCCCGGCCCUGGGCGGCCCGGCGCGGUCCCGCCCUCGCCCGGCUCCCGGCGCGCCGGUUGUGGCGCUGCUGGGCGCUCCUGUGGGGCGGGCUGUGGGGCGGGCUGUGGGGCGGGUUUUGGGGCGGGCUAUGGGACGGGCUGUGGGGCGGGCCGUGGGAUGGGCUGUGGGACGGGCUGUGGGGCGGGUUUUGGGGCGGGCUGUGGGACGGGCUGUGGGACGGGCUGAGGGACGGGCUGCGGGACGGGCUGUGGGGCGGGUUUUGGGGCGGGCUGUGGGACGGGCUGUGGGACGGGCUGUGGGGCGGGCUGUGGGAUGGGCUGUGGGGCGGGCUGUGGGAUGGGCUGAGGGACGGGCUGUGGGGCGGGCUCGGCCUCGCCGCCCCUUGGCUCCGCCCGGCUCGAGCCCGGCGCCUGCCGGGGCCGGCGGGGGACGCGGGCGCCGCGGCCGCUGCCGCCUCCUCGGCGGGUUCCCCGGGCAGAGCUCCGCCGCCGCUGCCCGCUGCGGGUGGGGAAGCCCGGCCCGGGCCGCUCGAGGGGCGCUCGGGGGCCGUGCCGGGCCCCGGCCCGAACGCUGACGGCCACGUCUCGCCCGCGCGGAAGGCGAAGGGGCCCCUGCAGAAGCGCUACCGGCUGGGUUCGCUGCUGGGCAGCGGCGGCUUCGGCCGCGUCUACGCGGGGACCCGCCUGGCGGACGGAGCCCCGGUGGCCAUCAAAGCCGUGCCCCGGGAUCUCAUCCGGCGCUGGGGCGAGCUGCCCGACGGCACCCUGGCACCCCUGGAGAUCGUGCUGCUGGACAAGGUGUCCAAUGGCUUUCGUGGUGUCAUCCAGCUCCUGGAGUGGUUCGAGCUCCCCAACAGUUUCUUGUUGGUGAUGGAGCGUCCGGAGCGCUCUCGGGACCUCUCUCGCGUAAUCACGGCGUGGAGGUUCCUGCCGGAGGAGAUGGCGUGGGGGCUGUUCCGCCAGGUGCUGAAGGCCGUGCGGCACUGCACCAGCUGCGGCGUCCUGCACCGGGACAUCAAGCCCCAGAACAUCCUCCUCGACCUGGCCACCGGCGAGGCGAAGCUCCUUGACUUUGGAUGUGCCACCUUCCUUCAGGACACGGUCUACACCCAGUUUGCAGGAACACCGUCAUACAGCCCGCCAGAGUGGAUCUGCUUCAAACGCUACCGCGGCGAGGCGGCCACGAUCUGGUCCCUGGGCAUCCUGCUCUACCAGAUGGUCUGCGGGAAGCACCCGUUCUGCAGAGGCACCAACACCAUCUGGGACCAGCUCCCGUUCCCACCACGGGUCUCUCGAGGGUGCCAGCACCUUAUCAGGUGGUGUUUGUCCAUCCGCCCCUCGGACAGGCCAUCAUUGAAAGACCUUUUGUGCCAUCCUUGGGUGCAGGGCAUUCACCUGCUCUAGAAGACAGGAGAGAUCCAUGUGCUCACUUUGAUCCGGGGGCCUGGCAGCUGGGCCCUCGGCAGAACACUGACAGCCUGGUCUGGCCCCCAGGGAAGGAGAAGGGGCCUCUGGAGAAGCUGUGCCGGGUGGGGCUGCUGCUGGAGACAUCGAGGACGACGUCAGGGAUGACAAGCUCUUUGUUGUUGACCUGGACACCGGCGAGCUGAAGAUGAUGGACUUUGAUUCUGGCCCCUUCCUCCAAGCCGUGCUCCACACGCCGUUUGCAGAUGAGUCCACACCCAGGGGGUGCUCCCGGGCAUUGCUCAGCCUGGCUGGGCACCGAAGGUUCCCCCUU